AUGGCUAGCCGCAGUCAUCAGAGUAUCCCCUACUGCGGCCGAAAAACUAAAAAGAAAAAUAUUCAUCUGAACAUUGCCACCUGGAAUGUUCGCACCCUAUUGGACAUGCCUGAACCAUCCAACAGGCCUAAACGAAGGACAGCUCUUGUAGCCCUUGAGCUCGGAAGAUAUAACAUCGAUAUUGCAGCCCUCAGUGAGACCAGACUACAUGGCGAGGAUUCCCUUACAGAAGUGGGUGCAGGCUACACCUUCUUCUGGAAAGGGCUUCCUGAAGGCACACGUCGUAUCCACGGUGUGGGUUUUGCUGUGAAAACCAAGCUUCUGCAGCACAUCCCAGAAUCCCCUGUUGGCAUCAGCGAGCGACUCAUGACUUGGCGUAUUCCUCUUGCCAAGAAACGCUUUGUCACCAUUAUCAGCGCCUAUGCACCAACCUUGGAUGCAGAUAUCGCAAUCAAAGAAGACUUCUACAGGAGCCUUGAUGCAGUAAUCCAGAAAACCCCUGCUACAGACAAACUCCUCCUUAUGGGUGACUUCAAUGCUAGAGUAGGUACAGAACAUCUAAUCUGGGACAAGGUCAUCGGACAGCAUGGGGUAGGGAAAAUGAACAGCAAUGGACAUCGGCUACUAUCCCUCUGUGCAGAACACCAGCUACUUAUCACAAACACCAUCUUCCAGAUGAAGAAACAUCUCAGAACCACCUGGCAGCACCCCAGAUCUAAGCACUGGCAUCUCCUGGACUACAUCAUUGUCCGCCAAAGGGAUAGAAAGGACGUAACCAUUACCAGAGCCAUGCGCGGGGCAGAGUGCUGGACUGACCACCGCAUGGACCGGGGCUUGACGGCAUUCCGCAGACGUGCUGUGCUGUCCUUACUGACAAGAGUUGGGAUAGGACCCUACAUCUACCAUGACCUCAUGAACGACGGACAAGACAGUCUUCUCAAGGACCGCCAAGAGAUCCUUGACCGCUGGGCCAAUCACUUUGAAAGUCUACUAAACCACAUCAACCCUGUAGACCUCAACAUCCUCGACAAGGCACCAGUUAUGCCUCAGAUGCGACACCUAGACAGCCCUCCUGACUUCAGCGAAACAUCCAAGGCCAUCAGGAGCUUAAAAAACAACAAAAGCCCAGGACCUGAUGGUAUCCCACCAGAGGUGUUCAAACAUGGAGGCUAUCUUCUCAUGCGCCGUUUACACCUUCUCAUCACCCAAAUCUGGAUAUCUGAGAUAGUGCCCCAGGACUGGAAGGAUGCUAACAUCAUUGUCCUCUACAAGCAGAAAGGUGACAGAGCAGACUGUGGAAACAGUCGUGGAAUAUCCCUCCUCUCCACAGCUGGUAAAGUCCUUGCAAAAAUCAUGCUGUCUCGACUGGUGAAGUAUAUCUCAGAAUGCACUCUACCUGAAACGCAGUGCGGUUUCCGAAGGUCCAGAUCAACAACUGAUAUGAUCUUUGCUCUGCGGCAACUACAGGAAAAGAGCAGAGAGCAGCACAGAGACCUUUACAUUGCAUUUAUUGAUCUCAGCAAAGCAUUUGACACCAUAAACCGUGACAUGCUCUGGAAACAACUCCACAAACUCGGUGUGCCACCCAAGUUCCUCUCCAUCCUAAAGCAGCUACAUGAUGGAAUGCAAGCCAGAGUUGUCAUGGGAGGACUGCAGUCUGAGCCCUUCACUGUCAAUGUUGGGGUAAAGCAAGGCUGUGUCCUGGCACCAGUACUCUUUAACCUCCUCCUCUCAGCAGUCACAGACCUACUCCACCAUGCCCUGCAGCACAAACAUGGUGUGGACUUGGAAUAUCGCCUCGAUGGUAGCCUCUUCAACAUCAGACGGCUUCAGGCUCACACAAAGACAUCAACAGACCACAUCCAUGAACUCCAGUACGCAGAUGACUGUGCUAUCGUGGCACACACUCCUGAGUCUAUGCAGCAUGCCCUGGACACCAUUUCAGCUCUUUACACAUCCUUUGGUCUUCAGGUUAACACAAAGAAAACUGAGAUCAUGGCUCAACUCUCCACUGAAUCUUCAUCACCUGCUACGUUUUAUAUAAAUGGAAAUCCACUCAACAUCGUUGACCAGUUCACUUACUUAGGCUGCACAGUUUCUGCUGACACCUGUCUUGACAGUGAAAUACACAACCGCAUAAAUAAAGCCUCAUCUGCUUUUGGCCGCCUCCGGAAAAGAGUGUUUGAUAACAAAAAUCUGAAAAUCAGCACCAAAGUAGCAGUGUACAACGCAGUGUGUGUAUCCACCCUACUGUAUGGGGCAGAAACAUGGACCCCAUACAGACGCCACAUAAAAAGCCUGGAGAUGUUUCACAUCAGAUGUCUACAGAAAAUACUCAGUCUGUCCUGGGAAGACCGGAUCCCCCACACUGACAUCCUGAGUACGACUGGCACCAUCAGCAUGGAGGCAGCUUUGGCCAACAGACAUCUACGCUGGGUUGGCCACACCAUCCGCAUGCCUGGAUACCGUCUCCCACAUCAAGUCCUCUAUGGGCAACUACCCGCAUCAAAGCGGGCUCCUGGUGGCCAGAAGAGACGCUACAAGGACUACACAAAAGAUCUCCUGAGGCAUUGCAACAUCAACCCUGGUCACCUUGAGGACCUAGCUGCCAACAGACCAGCCUGGAGAAAGACCUGCAAGAAAGCAACUGAGCAAAUAAACAACAUCUUUAUUGAAAGGAGGACUACAAGACGUGCACAGCGACACCAGAAGGCAGAAGACAACUCCUCUCAAACAUCAGGGCAUGCCUGCUCCAUCUGUGGAAGAGUGUGCGGAUCCAAAAUCGGUCUCCAUAGCCACAUGAGAUGGCAUCAACGCCAAACAACGUUGACCCCACCCCUCCCCCAACCCCCAUCCUGAUUGGAA